AUGUCCGGUGCUGUGGAGCUUCGAGCACCAACGGAUCGGCCCAACCUGUUCUAUGCCGUGCGUCACCGCCCAAAGGCUGCCGCGGAUGUUUUGGCCGCCGUUCUGUCUACGAUCCUCCUGUUUCCACGAGGAACUCCCGGCUUGGUCUACUGCAUCACGCGCAAGGAGGCGGAGGUCCUACGGCAGGGUUUGGCGGCUGGUGGCGUGCCCUGCGAGUUCUACCACGGGGACCUGGACGCGGCAGCACGUCAGAAGGUCCACUCCUCUUGGGUGGAGGGCCGCAUCGAUGUGGUGGUGGCCACUGUGGCCUUCGGCAUGGGCAUCAACAAGAGCGAUGUGCGCUUCGUCGUCCACGCGGGCUUGCCGGCCUCCCUGCACCACUACUACCAGGAAGCUGGCCGCGCUGGGAGGGACGGCAAGCCAGCCCUUUGCUUGUUGUUGUACCGGCCCAGCGACGUGCCCCGGCAUAGCGUCAUGAAUUACUACAAGCCAGCAUCCUUGCGUGAGCUGUACGGGGCCGCCAUGUACUGUCAGGGCCGCGAAUGCAGGCGCGCACGGAUCUCCCGCCACUUCGGUGAGGACGGCCAUAGUAUACAGGAUACAGUAGAGGCCCUGAAGAGCUUGGGAUGA